GAGCCCCCAAUUUUUUUUCAACGCUUAAGAUUUUAUCACAAAUCUGGCUCAUUACUGUCACCGCAACUUCCUCUUUAAUCUUGUCAAGAUGACAUCAGUAUUACCGGGGGAGGGCCAAGGGGGCGCCGGUUAACGCCAUUUUCACGCUCCGAGCAGUCACUCAUCGUCUCGCGGAGCUGUCAUCCGCAGCACCGAUUCAUUUGUUCAGUCCGUCACGUGACGCUUCGGUCUGGGCAGUGACGCGGAGCUGCUGUUGGUAUGGAACAGGACAGGAUAUUCACCUGAGCGGCUCCGGUUGGACUCAAUGUUUUGACGUAAGGCUGCUAGGUGCUAGCAUGUAGCUUACCGGACUGUAGCAUUUGAUGCAGUAAGGUCCAGCUAACCAAAACACACCACUGGACAAGCCACUGGUUGGAAUUUCUGUUUUUUCCUUCUUCAUAUUAUUCACAACCAUAAGCUGUUGGUGACAGAAAAAGGGGGCAGCUGGGGAGAAACGAGAAGGAUAAAUUGGAACGACUCAGUGGAGCUCCACUGGCAACGAAUGUCCCACAGAACGGAUGCGUGAGGACAUGUCCACCAUGGUGUGCGUGAAGGAGGAGGAGGACCCGGGGGAGAAACUGUCUCAGGAUGAGAUCAUCUCCCGGACCAAGCAGGUGAUGCAGGGCCUGGAAGCCCUGAAGCAGGAGCACCAUUCCAUCCUGGAGGGCCUGCUGGGCACGCUGCGCUGCCUGAAGCAGGACGAAGAGGGAGUCCUGGUGGAGGAGAAGUCGCACAUGAUCCGGAAGUCCCUGGAGAUGCUGGAGCUCGGUCUGAGCGAGGCUCAGGUGAUGAUGGCGCUGUCCAGCCACCUGAGCUCUGUUGAGUCAGAGAAGCAAAAGCUGCGGGCGCAGGUACGCAGGCUGUGCCAGGAGAACCAGUGGCUGAGGGACGAGCUGGCGGGAACGCAGCAGAAGCUGCAGAAGAGCGAGCAGAGUGUAGCGCAGCUGGAGGAGGAGAAGAAGCACCUAGAGUUCAUGAACCAGCUGAAGAAGUAUGACGAGGACCUGUCCCCCUCGGAAGAGAAGGAGUGUGACUCCAGUAAAGAGACCCUGGAUGACCUCUUCCCAGAUGACCAGGAUGACCAAGCUCCAGGCAUGCAGCCAGCUCACGGUAGCGCAGCGGCAGCAGCUGCCCAGCAGGGCGGCUAUGAGAUCCCAGCCCGCCUCAGGACCCUUCACAACCUGGUGAUCCAGUACGCGUCCCAGGGCAGGUACGAGGUGGCCGUGCCGCUCUGCAAGCAGGCGCUGGAAGACCUGGAGAAGACCUCUGGACACGACCACCCAGACGUAGCUACCAUGCUUAACAUCCUGGCGCUGGUUUAUAGGGAUCAGAACAAAUACAAGGAAGCAGCCAACCUGCUAAACGAUGCUCUGGCCAUCAGAGAGAAGACUCUUGGCAGAGACCAUCCAGCUGUGGCGGCUACCCUCAAUAACCUUGCUGUCUUAUAUGGGAAGAGAGGGAAGUACAAGGAGGCAGAGCCUCUCUGCAAGAGAGCGCUGGAGAUCAGAGAAAAGGUGUUGGGCAAGGACCACCCAGAUGUGGCCAAGCAGCUGAACAACCUGGCCCUGCUGUGCCAGAACCAGGGCAAGUAUGAGGAGGUGGAGUAUUACUACAUGAGAGCUCUGGAGAUCUACCAGACCAAACUGGGACCAGAUGACCCCAAUGUGGCCAAAACCAAGAACAACCUGGCUUCCUGUUACCUAAAGCAGGGCAAAUUUAAGCAGGCUGAGACUCUGUAUAAAGAAAUCCUCACCCGCGCUCAUGAGAGGGAGUUUGGCUCUGUUGAUGAUGAGAACAAACCAAUCUGGAUGCAUGCUGAAGAGAGAGAGGAACAAAGCAAGGGGAAACUGAAGGACGGUUCACAAUUUGGAGAAUAUGGAGGCUGGUACAAAGCAUGUAAAGUUGACAGCCCCACGGUGACCACAACCCUGAAGAACCUGGGAGCUCUUUACAGGCGGCAGGGAAAGUUUGAGGCAGCUGAGACUCUGGAGGAGGCAGCCAUGCGCUCCAGAAAGCAGGGUCUGGACAACGUGCACAAGCAACGCGUUGCUGAGGUUCUCAGUGAACCAGAGACCGGCGACAAGCAACGCAGCCGAGAGAGUCUGACUUCAGACACGGUGAAGUACGAGAGCGGGCCGGACGGUGGCGAGGAAGUGAGUAUGAGCGUGGAGUGGAACGGGGACGGAUCGGGGUCCCUGAAGAGAAGUGGCUCCUUCAGUAAACUACGGGCRUCGCUCCGUCGAAGCAGCGAGAAACUGGUCCGCAAGCUGAAAGGCGGCAGUUCGUCACGAGACGCCGAGCACAAAAACCCCGGGUAACUAUCCACAGCUCUAGAGUCCUGCAGUAACUGCUGCAGGUGGCUCCUGUCACACACUGGAAGCCAGGAGGAGCAAGCUGGCUGGUGCGCUGACCAGAACCAAAACAAGUGAACUCUUCUACUUCGCCGGUGGUGAAGUGGUGUAACCCUGAAGCUGUGUUUGCACAUAAGUGUUUUUAGGGACUCUUGUCCCAUAUGCAAUUAUUACUUUCCCCCCUACAUUUCUUUAUAGGUGUAUUAUCUAUAGGUGAAUCAAAACAUGAAACGGAMGCAAACUCUGACUUCUGCAAACUGCCUUGGUUUUUGGUAAAAACGGUUAUUUUUUUUAGGUGAAUGUGGGGUGACAAAGUACUUUUAGAAGUAUUGUAAACUAGUACAUGAUAUAUUUUAUAUAAACGUGCAGUGUUGUAAAAAAAAAAAAAAAUUAAAGACAUUAGUGGUAUUUACAUCUGGGGUCAUUUUGUAACAUUAAAGAAAACUUUAAAACUGUUAAUUCUCCAGAUAAGAAACAUCAUUUUAGAGAAAAGCAUAUUUUAAAAAGGGUGCUGCCCUAAUGGAAAAACACGUCUCGAGGAAUUUACCACAUUUCCUAAAGAUUAUGUUUAAAAAAAAAAUACAUUCAUCAAAUCCUUAUUUUAUUUAAGGAACAUUUGCUAUUGUCUUUUUUUCUUUUUCUUUUUUUUAUGUUUGAGUUCUUGCAUUUUUUUUUAGCACUUGCACUGACUGAUACACAGCCCUUAAAGUGCCGAUAGUAAAAAAAUCUUUAACCUCUGUGUGUAAGAUCCUUUUUGUGAUUGACUUGAACGACGGAGAUUUGAAAGUGUGCGAGUCGGACUUUAAGGGCUCCGUAAACCAAACCUGAACAUCUUCACGGUGAAAAACCAAAGACUAACAGAUAAAUGGAGGGAAGGUUUUUCUACUCGAGGCGUAGCGGGCCGUGUUUAACUACUAAUGCCUCCCAGUGAUUUUCCAUCGCACUUGUUGUGCCCAUGGAAAUAAUUUCCAACUAAUCGUUCCAUCUAUUCACUGCAUUUUGUGGCUGAACUGUAACUGUUCUGGACUUCUAUAAGUCCAUCUUUUUGUUAUUUAAUGUCUGCAUGGCUGUCCUGUGUAGAAUAAAAAUGUAUUUUUUUCA